AUGGCAGCUGCAGUAGUCGCACUAUACCCCACAGUCACUCCGCCGUCCUACCACAGAAUCGUCUCCCCAACACUCAAGAUUCCUACAGAAACCCAACGACCUAUACCCGUGGGUCUCUUGGCAUGUCAACGUGACCCGCUCCUGCGUGAACUUGAGACAACGAUUAUCAGUUGCACGAUCUCACAGCCUGCCUCCUCUCCUAGCAUUAAGAAAGGAAAGAAGGCAUCGGCACCAGCCCCCGUCGACCAACCCACACUUGAGGUCAUACUGCAUGAUACCGUCAUCUUUCCUGAGGGCGGGGGACAGCCAUCAGAUACAGGUAUCAUCAAGACAGCUGAUGGGCGUACAUGGACAGUGAUUCAGGCCAAACGACAUGGCGGACAUGGAGUUCACUACGUCCGGGCUGAACAAGCUGAAAACGGUCUUUCCUGCCUUACCCCUGGAACGAAGGUUACUGUUGCUCUUGGAGAGCUUGAUUUCGAUCGCAGGUAUGAUCAUAUGUCUAUGCACACAUCGCAGCACCUGCUUUCCGCGGUGCUCGAAAAUCGGCUCGAUAUUCAUACCCUUUCUUGGUCGCUCACGGCCGCACCGGCACCUUGUUAUGUCGAACUCGGGAGAAGCAUGACCGUGGAAGAGAUCUUGUCCAUCCAGAACGAAGCUAACAAACUAGUGUUUGAGGGACGGAAAGUCCAUGUGGAAGUGCAAGAAAUGGACGAUAAACCACAACCCGCAGUACCUGUAUUAGAAAGCGGUCGUGCCGUAGGCAAAGGAGUCCCAACCGACUAUACUGGAGGCAUCAUGCGAACAGUAAUCAUCGAUGGAGUGGAUCGUAACCCGAGGUUCAUAUCAAUAUUGCAGAUGCUGCGGCACACACCUCCUACCCUUCAUAAUCUUCAGUUAUUCAUCAUACCGCAAACGGAGACACUUUCCAGGUCGAGCACCACUUCUGCUCGCCUGUAUUUCCUCGCUGGACCGCGCCUCAUCACCUACCUCACAUCUACACACUCCCAACUCGCUGCUGCUGCUACCACGCUCAGUUGUGGCGCUCCGCAAGUCCCAGACCGUAUAGGGCAAGUUGUGGACGAUCGGAAGAGAGCUGAGAAGAGAGUCGAUGACCUUGAGUUCGAGCUUGCAAAACAUGUCGCAGGCGACGUUUUACAAGAAAUGAAGUCAUCUGAAGCAGCCCUGUUUGUCAAACACGUGCACCGGACUGACGAUUCUAUUAAUCCUCUCGGACUUUUGUCAGCAAUGACCACUGCUUUCGCAAACACCGCUCCAGCAGAGCGACCAUUCGUGCUUAUAUUUUCAUCUUCUCCGUCGUCACAGACAGGCACAAGCGCGAGCGUGUUGCUUGUCUUUGGAUCGGAUGAGAAAUAUGUCAAGGCGGCUGGGGACUUGCUCAAAGGCAAGCUGAAUGUCAAGGGAGGAGGUAAGGGCACGAGGUGGAGUGGCAAAUUUACCGGUGUCUGGAGAGAAAGUCGCGAGGAUGCUGCUGUUUCCGAAGUCCUUCAAGCGGUUUCGACGUAGAAUUCAUACACGCUCUAGAAAUUUACAAACAAAACGAUCU